CUUAUCGGAAAAUUUUCUUUAUAUAUGCGGUGGUUUUGAUGGAUCAAAACCGUUGUCUGAUUGUUAUAAAUAUAAUAAACACACAAAUGUUUGGCAAUCAAUACGAUCCAUGUCUACUAUUAGAAGGGAUUUUGGUUUAGUUUCAUUGAAUUCAAUAUUGUAUGCAAUGGGCGGUUGGAAUAAUGGAGGGGUACUUAAUAGUGUUGAAACAUACGAUACGCAAACAAAUAGAUGGAAAUCGGUUUCAUCGAUGAAUAUAUUACGAGAUUAUUUUGAUGCAGCAGUAAUUAGUAAUACAAUUUAUGUUUGCGGUGGAUAUAAUGAUAAUUAUUUUAAAUCGUGUGAAUAUUAUUCCCAAAACAUUGAUAAAUGGUAUUUAACAACACCUAUGAGUAUUGAAAGACAGAGUUUAGGAUUGGUAUCACUCGGUGAGGGCUUUCUGUAUGCUAUCGGAGGUGUUAAUAGAAAUGGAUAUUUGAAUUCAAUGGAAAUGUUUGAUACAAAAACAAAACAAUGGAUUCCUAAGGCAAGUAUGAUAUACAAAAGAGGACAUUAUGGUUCGGCAUCAUUUAUGGACAAAAUAUAUGUUUGCGGCGGUUAUGGCAAUAGUGAUGGAAAAUCAUGCGAAUCAUAUGAUCCGCAAACAAAUCAAUGGACACCAAUUGCAUCAAUGAAAAAUCAGCGAUCACAUUUCAAAUUGAUUGCUUUCGAUGAUAAUUUAUAUGCUUUAGGUGGCUAUGCAGAUGCAGAUGGUACAAGAUUUAAUUCGGUUGAAUUAUACGAUCAUUAUACAAAUCAAUGGUAUUAUACGACAUCAUUGCCGCAUAUAGUGACCAAUUAUGCGAUUACUGUUUUAUAAAUAAAAUUAAAUAUUAUUAUUUUUUUGAAAAUGAUAUUUUUAAAUA